UUUCAGGCCAUCAAGGUCGUUGUAGAGAAAAGUGGCUAAUUUGGUUCACUCUGAGCUGUGGUAUUGCCUGAUAUGUCCAUCGAUCCUCAGGGCAAUGAAGUCGGGAAGCUGUUUGUGGGGGGACUUCAUCAGUCUACAACUAAUGACUCCCUUAAACUAUACUUCUCAAAAUUCGGAGAUAUCGAAGAGUCGACAGUCAUGAUGGAUAACAGGACUGGUCGAUCGAGAGGCUUCGGUUAUGUCAAGUUCAAGAAUGAUGAGUCCGUGGAUUGGGUUUUGAGACAGAAAACCCACUUAAUUGACCUCAAAGAAGUUGAUCCUAAACGAUGCAAUGUUAACAUGAAAGGAAAGAAUCGUCGUAGCCUCAAGGUGUUUGUUGGAGGCAUCGCCUUUGAUCACGAUGAGAACAUAAUCAGGAACUUCUUUUCUAGCUAUGGAAAGGUUACCGACGUUAACUUACUAGCAGGUCAGACCAAACCGCGUCAUAGAGGCUUUGCAUUCGUUGGGUUUGACGAUGAAGAAGUGGUUAGAAAUCUCAUAAAACUUCAUUACUUAAACCUAAACGGUAAACAGGUCGAAAUAAAAGCUAUGAAACCACCAAAUACUCAGAAGCCUGACUACCAAGUCUCUUCUAAUGCAGUACCAUCUGUUCAGGGGAAUGGACGUCCUGUUCGUGGUGGUCAAAAGAAACAAUAUAUCACGUCCCAGUCCAAUGGUUCUUGUCCAACUUGGACUCACUGGCCUGGCAGCUGGGGUUCUCAUGGUCAACCUCAAGCUUGGCCUCCUUUAGGUUGGGCUAAUGCUAAUACAAAUUCUCCACAUAAUGGUCAAACCGGAGUUGGUCCUGGCCCUCCUCUACAAAAUAUUGGUACACCACUGGGAAACUGGUCUGAUCAUUCUAUCAAUUCUACAAAUGGUUGGAUGCCUGCUGCUUGGGGUCACCAAAUUGCUGCACCUACAACGGCAAACUGUAUUCACACAUUAAAUGACGACUCAUUAUAUAAUCAACAAUCUGCACACAAGUCUCAGGCUGGUUGGGAUUCAAUCUGUUUCGCCCAGUUGGGGACUGUACCUGGUUCUGCGCAUAAUUCUCUUGAUCCAUUGGUUAAUUCCAUCGACUCUUGGAAUCAUUCAGCUGCUGCUGGUCUUUGUCAACUAGCUCCACCUUCUCUAAGUUCGAACAUGGCUUUGGGUGCUCAAUCAAUUGUUCCUGGUGGCUGGAAUCAUGGUAAUGGCGUAUCGCGUUCAUUAAACAGUCAAUGGACAGGACCUACCUCCUCCGUUAUUCCAGGUCCUAGGCCGACCAACCAUUUGGCUGCCGGUUAUAUUAACGAAGCACUUCCUACACACCAAAAUGGAGCGUCUAUAUCCGCAAUGGCAACAGCUGCUGCUAUCGGUCUUGGUAACUCCCCAGGUUGUCCACCGAUGCCUCAUUGGUCAUCAACAGGAUCUGUAGAUCCAAGUAAUAUAAAAUUAAAUGAAUCAUUGUACAGAACAUCUGUUGGUUGUAACUUUUCUUCUACUCGUGGCGCAGCGCCAAAUCAAUCUGGCCUCAAUUUAUCCCAUCCAGGUACACUUGCUCCAAAUGGUUUACUCUCCGGUGACUGGUGUUGUGCUAUGCCUACAAAUAACGUGGGUUCAUCACGUGUUGCAUCUAAAAACAAUAAUUUUCGGCUGCCGAUAUCACAUGUGUGUAAGCGAUGAAGUAAUCAGAAAAAGUUGUUAAGAAAUGAAAUUAAGUAUUGCUAUCUUUAUAAUUUCUCUCUCUGAACGUCUGUUUGUACAAUGUGGUAGUUUAUUUCUGUACAUUAUUACCGUAUAAUAUUUAUCUCUGAAAAUAAUACACAUAAGGUUUAAUUCAUUCAUCGGAAUUAACUUUAACCUUUCCUCUCCCCAGUGAAAUUUUGAAUAAAUUUUGGAUUAUUACAAUAUAUUAAUAAUAGUUAUUUCUACUGUUACUUUUAUUGGAUUGCAGUAUCAUAGUACUAUAUUCUUCAGUCUUACCGUCGUUGGUUCUUGAUGCUUCUGUAAUUUAUCAUAUUUAUGACUUGUAUGUGUAUUUGUUCAUAUUCACCAAUUGUAUCUCAUUUUAACGAAGCUAUCUUCUACGACAAAUGAAACAUAUUUAUAUUCCAUCUGACCUUAUAUUUAUAUAUAUAUACGUUUAUUACUAUUAUGAUCAUUGAAAUUUGCACUUUUUAAAAUUUACCUUCCGUUCAUUCACGCGUACAUCUCUUAAUUGUCUUCCUAGUACUUGCAUUUUUUUUGUUAGUCAUGAUAAAUCAAAUCUUUUCUGUUUUGUUGUCGUCAUAAUUGCAAUAUAUAUUUCCCCGUUUCUGUCUUUUGUAUUUCUUUUUUCCUCUGCCUUUCUGUCUUGUUCACACGUGUUAUUUUCUAUGAAUUUGUGCUCGUCUCUGUGUGUCUGUGCAUAUGUGUACAGCGAUGUUUUUCCUUUUUCAUAUGCUGUGAUUAUUGUAUUUUUUCAGAGUUCAAUCAAAGAAAGGGGUUAAAGAAAACCACAUGGUAUGCUUUUGACAUACAUGAGUUUGAGUUUAUUUUGUAUAAUUGUGAGUAGUCUUAAUUUGGUAUGGUGUUAUGAACUCUGGAUUUUAAUCAUUUUGAUUGCUCUUUUACCAGUAAAAGAAAAAACUGGUUAGACGUGCUUUGAUAACACGUGUGUGUGUGUGUGUGCGUGCAAUUGUAUUUAUUUAUUCAUUUAUUUAUUUUCAGUUUCUAUUUUAAUUAAUUAUUUAUUUAUUUACUUACGUGCACUUUGUUAUUUAUUUUCUUUGUCUUUCCUUUAGUCAUUAUUCAUAUUCAAUUAUUUUUUAUUAUCUGUCCGUUGAUUUAUUUAUUUAUUUGAUACAUAUUAUAAUCAUAUUAUAAUUUGUACCAUGAUCAUUCUUAGUGUUAUGGUCCAGUUGUCAUAGUUACUAAUUACUCUUACUGUAGUAGUAUAAAUAAUGGUGUCGAUUUAA